AUGGUAGUUGCCGACAACCCAGCGCCUUUAAACCGAAGAGAGGACAGGGGAAAUCGAAGAUCCGAUCCAGACUAUAACCCAGAUGGCUCAGACUACUUUGAUGAUGACACUACUAGGCCCGGAGGACCUGCUAUUCACGAAGAAGAUCGGCGUGCAAUGGAUGAUCUUCGUGCAGAUAUGAUGACGGAAAUCAAGCAUAUUAAGGCUAAACAAGGGGGCGGGAGAUUGGAUCAAGUUAUGAAGGAGGAAAAUAUUAAUACCUUGGCGCAACGAUUAGCCAAAGCUCUCAUUCCCCAGAAAUGUUCGGUCCCAUCCUUCAACUGUUAUGAUGGAUCCGGCGAUCCCGCAGCCCACCUGCGGUAUUAUAAUCGAAUGAUGGCCAUGUGGGAUUACGAAGAGGCCAUACUUUGCACAUACUUACCUUCAAGUAUGAAAGGAUCCGCAUUGUCUUGGUUCGAUAACCUAACACCAGAUUCCAUCGAUUCAUAUGACCAGCUUACUGAGAAUUUCCUGGCCACUUACAUGUACAACAAGGUCGUCAGCACAGGAAUGGACAAGCUCUUCUCAUUUGCAAUAUACAAGGAGACCAUCAGGGAAUACACUGAUAGGUGGCACAGGAUAUGUCAAGCCAUAGGGAAUGUGGAUCCAGUAGUAAUUAUCAACUGCUACAAGUGGGGGUUGGACAAGAUGAUCCCCUUGUUUGUUGAGAUCCACGGUACCAUCCCUGCCACAGAAGGAGAUCUUCGAGUAAUCAUAGAAAAACAUGCAAUACUAGAGGAAAUUCAACGAGAGAACCCCAGAGAUCAGGCUCAACGACCUCCACAUACAAACUCUGUAGAGCAGGCAAGCAGUUCCAAAAGAGGAAACUCAGAUGAACGACCCAACGAGGGCAGAAGGGAACGUAGAGAUGAUCGCAGAAGGGAUGAUCGAAAGUUCGAAGACCAAGUCUACACGAAGCUAAAUGUCAGCUAUUCCCGCAUCUUGAAGGAGAUCAAGGGUCGGGAAAACCUUGAUUGGCCAUGGUCCAAGGGAAAGCAGCCCCCAAGAUCAGAAAAGUCUAGAGAAUACUGUGAAUAUCACUGUUUCAAUGGCCACCAAACGGAGAAAUGCAAAAAUCUCAAAGUAAUAAUUCAAAAGCUAAUUGACACAGGGGAUCUUAAUCAGUAUGUGAAGAAGGCUGAUGCCGAAGAUAGGGAAAAACGAAGAAAGCAAGUUCAACUACCCGAAGGGAACCGCACACUUAACACCAUCUCAUGUUCUGAGAACACGGGACCAUCUCUAACUUCCCAAAUAGGGAAAAGAUUGAGAAAGCAAUUCGAAGACUACUGCAAGUUGUACAAAAUCGAUGGGGAAGAAGUAGACGAACACGAACAUUGGAUGGACCCGCCCAUAGUUUUUGAUGUUGAGGAUGUCGAAGAAGAUAUGGAGGAUCACAACGAUCCUUUAUUCCUCACGUUACCAGUAGCCGGGUGCAAUAUCAAGAAAAUCCUCAUCGAUGGAGGGAGCUCGGUCAAUGUUUUAUUAUAUGAUACAUUCAAACGAAUGGAAAUCAACGACGAACAGCUGCUAUCUUCGUAUCAUACUAUCUACGGGUUCAACGGGGCAGCCACGAAGCCACUUGGAGACAUUGUCUUGCAAGUGGACGCAUGA